AUGACUGCAGAAAGUCAUUGUCAAAUCGUGCUCGAAAAUUGGAGGAGACUCCAGCAAUUUUCAGAUGCAGUCGACAAAAAUGCGGUGGUGGUGAAGGGAAAGCAGUUAACACUUGCGGAGGUGGUCGCUGUGGCUCGGUACGGAACCACGGCUUCAAUUGAUAAAUCACCUGAAUUGAGGGAAAGCGUGGAUAAAAGCGUGAAUUUUCUACGGGAAUGCGUCGAGCAAGGCGAAAUCCUAUAUGGCAUAAAUACCGGAUUUGGAGGUAGUGCCAAUACAACAACGGAUGAUACAAAGAAUCUGCAAAUCUCCUUGAUGCAGAUGCAACAGUACGGGGUUAUCUCUAAUGUCAAGAAUCGAUACCCAGGUGCAGGGGAGUCAGCAGCUACCACCGAGAUGCCCGAGUCAUGGGUGCGCGCAUCAAUGUUGGUCCGUUGCAAUACUCUUGUGCAGGGUCAUUCCGGUGUCAGAUUUACCAUCAUUGAAGCUUUGACAGAGCUUCUCAAUCGAAAAUGUACUCCUCUUGUUCCCUUGCGAGGAAGUAUCUCUGCCUCUGGCGAUUUGAGUCCCCUUUCCUACAUUGCCGGAGUCUUGGAAGGUAACCCCAAGCUCCUGCUCCGGACACCAGUGGGCAGGGGAACUCCUGGUCAGGAGACUGGGUGCCGAGAACUCGUCCCUGCGGAUCGGCUUCUGUCCCAGAUCGGGAUGCAGCCUAUAUCGUUUGGCCCAAAAGAAGGUUUAGGGUUGAUCAACGGGACGGCAGUCUCAGCAGCAGUUGCGGCAUUGGGCCUCCAUGAAACGCAUCAUAUGGCAGUUCUGUCACAGGUUCUGACAGCGAUGGCGGUGGAGAUCAUGUCUGGCAAUCCCGAAAGUUUUGAUCCCUUCAUUGCCCAGGUCCGUCCCCAUCCGGGCCAAAUCGAAUGUGCCGCCAACAUUGCCAAAUUCCUACAAGGGUCGAAACUCACUCAGGUUGUACACGCGUUUCAAAAGAUGGGAGUGGGAGCUGCUCCCCCGUUGCGCCAGGACCGCUACCAACUUCGCACGGCCUCGCAGUGGAUGGGCCCAUUGCUCGAAGAUCUUACCCUGGCUCACAAGCAAGUGACGGUUGAGCUCAAUUCGACAACCGAUAACCCUCUGAUCGACAGCGACGGGCGUCGAACACUUCAUGGCGGGAACUUCCAGGCUCUUUCGGUCACCGUUGCCAUGGACAAAGCCCGCUCAGCAUUACAACUCAUGAGCAAAAUGCUAUUUGCUCAAUGCACAGAAAUUAUUAAUCCGGACCUUAACAAUGGUCUGCCGCCGAAUCUGUGUUUCGAUGAGCCCAGUCUAUCCUAUUGUCUCAAGGGAGUCGAUAUUGGCAUGGCGGCCUAUACUUCCGAGCUGGGAUUUCUUGCUCACCCGGUCGGACCAAAUGUGCAGUCAGCAGAGAUGUCCAAUCAGGCCAUCAACUCGUUGGCCCUUAUAUCUGCGCGUUACACACAGACAGCAAUUGAUGUCUUUUCCAUGCUUGCCGCAUCAUACAUCUACGUUCUCUGCCAAGGACUGGAUCUGAGAGUGCUGCAGUUGCAAUUCCUGGAAGCCCUUCAGCCUCUCGUGGAAUCUAUCACCACUAACACAUACGGUCCCUUUUUAACCAAUUCUACUGCCUGCAAGGACCUCAACUCGCUGUUGUGGACACAUAUUACAAGCUCUCUUAAGUCGGCUUCAUCCACCACAAAGGACUCACAACAACGAUUUACCAUGGUUAGCCAAACGGCCCAGUCUUUGGUGGUGACCUUCUUUGCCUCUCAUCCUGAGGUAGCAACCGGAUACUGUCCACAGAUGACUACCAUCUACAACUGGUCUCAGGAUUUAGCAACAGCCAUGGCAGAGGCAUUCAAAACUAGUCAACUACUCUUGGUCAGCCCAAAGUGUCCAACAUCCACAUACCUAGGAUCGGCGGCACGCAUCAUGUAUGACUAUGUACGCCACACACUGAAAGUCCCGUUGAACCGUGGCCUUGUCGACCAUCCUACUUUUCAACAUACAGACAAGUCCAUCAACACUGAACCAGAUGCGCAAAAUUCCACAAACGAGGAUACUCAGAUUAUUGGUACUUAUAUCACAAGAAUUUACGAAGCGUUGCGCUCUGAGGCUUUGAUGUUUCCAAUCAUGGAGUGCUUGGAGCAAGGCAAACAGAAAGGAUGCCGUGAUACCGUUACAAAAAUUACACCGGUUAGGGAGAAGCAAAAGAGCAUCUCCAAAUCAUCUGGGCCCCAGGCUGUGCAUUAA